UGUAGUAACGACCCAAGUUCAGUGUUUUGUAUGUAGAAGCGAAACCUCCUUCUUGCUGACGCACUAACGAAAUGGCGACUGCUAACCAAGUGCUCAGUUCAACGAAUGAAAACGAAAAUUAUCAGCGUCUUUCUCGACUGAUUAUACGUGCGGGUACCGAGUUAUUGAGAGCACUGUUUGACUCCAUUUACCCACCAAGAAGUCUUGCUCUUGCCAACAAACUGAGUGAUUCUACUACCAGGAAAAAGUUGCGGGACAUUCUUCUCAAGCCUCAACGUGAUCUUGUUUAUCCAGCACCAGGAUUGUUCGGAGAAUCAAGAGACUUUGACAUCAGCCUCCUUUCUCAACUACUAAAAACUCUUUGUCCGACGCAACUACCUCCUCUGGGCAGCGGAUGGAAUAAUCCCCCAAGUACAGGUGAUUUUAGCUUGACUGCAGACAUCGUCAGAAUUAAGUUUUACCGCAAUGAUAUUAUUCAUAAGUUUCACAGUGGAGAGUUGAGUGAUGCAGAAUUUUGUUCCCUCUGGGAUGAAAUCAAAAUAGUCCUUUUACGUAUAGCUUCCCAUAUCAGCGCAGAAGCAAAACUGGAAUGGGAAGAAGCAAUCAACAGGCUGCGGCAUGAUCCCUUAACCCCAGAGGCUGCAAGGAAUGUCGAGGAACUACAGGAAAUGUAUCAGAAGGACAAAGACACAAAAGAAAGUCUUGCAUCAGGGUUCGCUCGAGUGGAGAGGCAAAUUCAAAUUUCCUCUGAAGAAGGAAAGGAACGAUUUGAUAGAAUGGAGAAUGAAAUUGAACAGCUUCGUGAAGUGAUGAAAAAUCGGGCUGGCUCCUCAGCGGCAGAAGGAGGAGCUCCUCUUCGUAUUAUCAUCGAUGUCAGAUCCAUGACAAGCCGCAGCUCUCAAGAGGAAGCUCCAACGACGACGAUAUCCUCUCAUGCGCAGCCAACUGCCUCAGCCGACGAACCUCCGGCAACUUUGACAAUCACAGCUGAUCGGUCCGUACAAAGAAUAGCCUUGGAAAUACGUCGACAUUACGAUUCAUCAACAGGUGAGGAAAACGGAUUUGUUCAACAUCUGGAGGAUGUUAACCAAGUCCUUAUUGUGAAUGUCAAUCUCGGUAGCUUGGUGCUAACAGUCAAAUGCAGCUCACUGGAAAUUCUAGAACGACUCUGGCAAGAUUACUCCAGUGGUCAUCUCGGUAAAGUAGCUCAAGAAUUCCUCGUGAACGAGAGAGUGCUGGAAGAUCUUGGACUCGCUGAACUUAAACUCAGGAUCGCUAUUUCGGAGAAGGAUUACCAGGAGGGUCGGAGGCACUUUGCUAAGUGUGCAGGUUCUGAUUACUCUGAGGAAACAGAAGGAGGACAAAAAGGAGAUGGCAAGGAAGAGGAAUACAUACCUUCUCAGCAUUUCACAGGUAUUAAACAAAAUUUAUCUCUUCUUCCCCGAACGGUACCACAUUUCGUCAAUCGCGAAACAGAAUGCGACAAAAUCAGAGAAUACCUUUCUUCACUGCACGAUUGCAGAUGCCUUCUCAUACAUGGUGCCACUGGCAUGGGGAAGACAACUGUGGCGAUUAAAGUGGCAAACGACAUACUGAAUUCUGACGGACGUACUGUGGUGAUCUACGUCAACUGUAGAAACAUAAAACUAUUUGAUGAUUUUGCAAAGGAGGUUCUUCAGCAAGUAUAUCACUUUCCUGUGGAGAAUCCAAUAGCUGAGCUGAAAAAUCGCUUGAAAAGCCAAGAUUUUUACACGAUUUUGUUAUUGGAUAAUUUUGAAUUUCUUCUUCAUUUGGAUGACAGAAUGCAGCUCCCCGAAAAUGAAUUGUCACUCCAGCAGAUGAACCCAUCUGAGGAAGGAUCGAGGAUUAAGAAACUAAUCAAUGAAAUUUUAAAGGUUGCAGGCAAAGUCAAGCUUCUCCUCACUUCUUCAGAGAAAGUUUGUUUUCCGGAGGCAGGUCGAGAAAUGGUUCAUCUGUCGCCUUUUAAGCCAGAAGAAUCCGUUGAGCUUUUUAAAAGAGUUUGGAAGGAUAGGCAAGUCGACACAACCCAAGCACAUGGCUUGUCAGAGAUUUGCAGUGGUAUUCCCCUGGUCCUUUACACCCUGGCCUCCUCCCACAAUAACCUGCUAAGUCUCUUGAAAGAGAUGACCUGUUCUUCGCCUCAAGAAAAAUUCGAGUUCUUGACAAAGAUUCAAACGGUAUCGGAGAAUAUGAAGAUCAACGUUUGUAUCGAUUAUUGCUUCGAGAGGCUUGUUUCGAAAGAAAAGUGUGCCCUUAUCAGAUUUGCAUUACUUAGAAGGCGUUUUUCUCUGUGUGAAGCAGAGAAAAUAUUUCAAUCAACGGAGAUGAGUGCGUCCCAGCUCAGACGAUGUGGACUGGAACUGUCCCAGCGAUCACUUUUAGAAGAACACAUUAUUGGGGAUGAAUGCUCCUAUACCCUCCUUCGAGUAAUUCGUGAUUAUUGUGAAACUAAAGCAAUGGAGCAGGAGUUUUGUGAAGUGAUCCUAGAUGCUCGGAGGGCGUUUAUCCUUCAUUUUUUAACCUUUCUGGAAGACAUCUUUAAAAUGUUCCUGAGCCAGAACGCGUCAGAAGCUAUUGCAGCCUUUCAGAAAGAUGAGGCAAAUGUCAUGCAGCUCGUUGAAUGGUGCAGAAAUGGUCAAAUGGAUGAAGAACAAACAGGAAAGUGCAUUGAUGUUUUCAACAACGUGGCGGAGCUACUGGCGAAGAUGAUGGCAAAGGCCAAAUUUAAAUUUGCCUUUGAAUCUUUACGAACGAGAUGCGAACAGAUGGAAGAUCAGACGAGACUGAGCGAUUGCCUCACAUCCUUGGGGAUGAAAGAAGUAUUCAGCUGCUCCUGUCCUCCAAUUGGUCUGUGUGCUUCCGCCGCUGAAAGAGCCAAAGAAUACUUCACGAGGGCUGACCAAAUCCAGGAUAAUCUUGGAGUUAGAACCGGUAACAGCCGAGCUCAGUGCCUUGCCAAACUUGGUCGAUGUCUCGCCAAAGAAGGCUAUUUUGAGGAGGCAAAUGAAAAAGUCCAACAGGCAAUCAACAUUCGAUGGGCUCAAGGAGAGAAUGACAUCGUUAUGCUCGGUGCAACGUUUAAUGAUCAGGGAGUGAUCCUUUCGCUCGAGGAAAAUCAUGAGCAGGCAAUCAAGGUCAGAGAAGAACAGACGCUACCCAUUUACAGAAGAACACUGGGUGAACAUCCUUUCACUGCAACUAUCCUCAACAAUCUGUCAAACAAUUAUUAUGCCCUGAGAAAGUACAACGAUGCAGAACGAUAUUCGAAAGAAGCGUUGGAGAUUCGGCUCAAGUUGCUGAAGGACCAUCGAGACACCGCUAAGUCGCUUUUUGACCUUGCGAUGGUCCAUAAAAUGAAGGAAGAACUCGAACCAGCCAAGGAUUGUCUUGAAAGAUGCGAGGCCAUGCAAAAGAAAAUAUUGGAUGAGGGAAACGACGCUUUUAAAAGGACCAGGAACGAAUUGGAAGAAGUAAAGAGGCAUCUAUUGGGAGCCAUGCAAGGGAACUCCUGAAAUCCGGUAACAAACUCUGACAGAGAAUCUCUUGAUGUGAACCGUCUAACCUUGUCCAGUUCUGAGUGUCUUCAAGUGUAACAAGGCAGCACUCCUUCGAGGUUCCGCAAGAAUGAUGAUACAGUCACUUCUACGUGGGUCUCCUCGUAAGAAAUCGUCUUAGUUUAAAAUCUAGGUAAUUAUGGAACAUUCUUUCUCCGUCACUGACAUCUCUAUUUUUGUCGAAUUUGAGUCUGUUAUGAUCAUGCAUCAGUUACAUUAAGCAUUCUGUCAUUAACUGCAUCAGACUUGAAAACAAGGGCUGAACAUUCAAAUGAUAGUUGCAAUUAUUAUUAUAUUGAACGUCUUAGGUCAAGUCUCACAUCACUGGACCGUUUUAGUUUCUUCGUAAUGGUGUAAAUAGGUUUGGUUUAAAGAAAAUGCCGUUGUUCUGGACAAGUGAGUCUUGCUAUUUCCAUAGAUCCUAACCGGGAAGAUUAUUUCUAGGCGUGGUCCUGUCAGUUUAGGGCUAAUGAUUGUAUAUAUGUAUAGAUAUUUAGGAACUUUUCGGCGUGUUCUAUACUGAUUCAAUUCAAUUUAGAAUAGGUGGUAUUUCACUAAAAAUGAAACAGGAAUCGCAAUUGAUGGAGGGUAGCCUAUCCAAGACAUUCAAGGAAUUUUAGAUAUCUUGCCCGUGUAACGUGUAAGUGUUUUACUGACAUUAUAAUAAUGAGAAUGGUAACUGUUAAGUAUUGCUGACUUUUAUUAUACACCAUUAGUUUGAGUUAAGAACCCCAAAACAGAAUUUGUGAUGUAGUUGACAGCUUUCAAAUUCCUUGUUAACUUUUAAAUAGAUUAAAUAACUGAAAUAAUUCAACAGGGUCAGUAAAACGCUUCAAAAACGACAA